CUAAACGUUUGGUGUUGAAAAAGUCGGAACAGAAUCUAUUGUGGUAAUGUUGGAGAGGAGUGAGCAAGCUGUCUACACAGACGGGAGAAUAGAAUAUUGUGCGUACGCGGACCAACACUCGGAAACCGGAUAAAUAUGGAUACUAAUGCACAUCACAGAUAUUAUUACAUUUUGUGAAAAAGGACCGCGGCGGCCAAUCUGAAAGAUCCGGUAGACGAAGAGUUAAGAGCCAAAAUUCACAACUGUUUAUUUCACUAGCUAGCAGGCUAGCUGGCUUGUUUCAAUGCGAGUCUGGAAUGGGAAGCUUGUGCGAGAUUCACUCAGUAGCGAUUUAUAUCGUGCACGGAAUGAACAUCUUCUUGUACUGUUAUCGUUGGUGAUGCAAAGUAACUGAUCGCCGCGGAGAUAGUAGCUGCAACUUUUAAAGAAGAAUGAUACAUACAAACUGAUCCACCGCUCAGAGUGAAAAAGAAGUCGUACAGGCCGAGGUCGAGGCUCCAGGUUCCACAGACGGGACUCGACUUUGUGUCAGAGUUUGGCAUGGGGUUACUGUGCCAGCCUUGCCCCUACCGGGCACUGUAGAUGAUUCCCCAGCGCAACAUGACAGCGAGGCAGUGAGGCUCAGCUGGCCCCCCGACCCGACGAUACUCUCAACACCCCCUUUUACUACCCUAACUGCUGACCCCUGACCUCUCCAUCCCGUCCCACCAUGAUGCGUUUCCUGCCUCUGAAGCUGGGCCGCCUCUACCGCUGUCUGAAGAUCCUACUGGUGGUGGGCCUGUUUGUUAUCCUCCUGAUGAACACCCACAACCUGUUCGCCUCCUUCCAGAAGAACGAGCUGACGGACCGCCGCUUCAUCAACCUCAACAAGUGCCCCGCCUGCUUCGGCACCAGCUGGUGCAGGAAGUUCAUGAACGGCCAGGUGUCCUUCGAGACCUGGGGCCGCCUGCGCUUCCUGGAUGUCUUCAACGUCAAGAACGUGUACUUCGCCCAGUACGGCGAGCCGCGGGAGGGGACGAGACGCGUGGUGCUCAAACGCCUGGGAUCCAACCAGGAGCUGGCGGACAUAGACCAGAAGAUCUGUAAGAGAGCAACGGGCCGGCCACGCUGCGACCUCAUCCAGGCCAUGUACAAGACGGAGUUCGCCAGGCUGAACGGGGACGUGAGGCUGCUGACCCCCGAGGUGGUAGAGGGCUGGUCCGACCUGGUGCACUGCCCCUCCCAGAGGCUGCUAGACAGGGUGGUGCGGCGCUACGCUGAGACCAAAGACUCUGGCAGCUUCCUGCUGAAGAACCUCAAGGACACAGAGAGGAUGCAGCUGCUGUUGACCCUAGCCUUCAACCCUGAGCCCCUCGUACUACAGAGUUUCCCGUCAGACGAGGGCUGGCCGUUUGCCAAGUACCUGGGAGCGUGUGGUCGCGUGGUGGCAGUGAACUACGUCGGUGAGGAGCUGUGGUCUUUCUACAACGCUCCGUGGGAGAAGAGGGUUGACCUGGCUAGACAGCUGAUGGACAUCGCUGAGCAGCUCACCAACAACGACUUUGAGUUCGCCCUCUACCUGCUGGACGUGAGCUUUGAUAACUUUGCCGUGGGGCCGCGGGACGGCAAGGUCAUCGUGGUGGACGCUGAGAACGUCCUGGUGGCCGACAAGAGACUGAUCAAACAGAAUAAACCAGAGAACUAUGACGUGUGGUACGAGAGUCGCUUCGAGGACUGUGACAAAGAGGCCUGCCUGUCCUUCUCCAAGGAGUCUCUGUGUAACCGUGUCACCGUGGACCACAACUACUACGCCGUGUGUCAGAACCUGCUAUCGCGCUACGCCACGUGGCGAGGGACCACCGGCGGCCUGCUCCACGACCCCCCCGCCCACAUAGCCAAAGACGGCCAGCUGGAAGCGCUGUUGGACGAGUGCACCAACCCAAAAAAACGCUACGGACGCUUCACAGCCGCCAAGGAGCUGAGGGACUACCUCACCCAGCUAGUUUCCUCCGCCUCCGCCACGGCGAGGUAAUGAACGGAGCCGGCGGUUAGCAGUAGCCUGCAGCCUGCAGCUCAGCGUGGCUGGUCAGGGUUGGGCUUGGGUUUGACCCCCGACCUUGACCCCAGGAACUUGAACCUUGACCCUCCUCGUCUCACUUCAAGUGCAGGAGAUCUCCUCCUCACUGGUCACACGGCAGCAGCAGCAGUAGUGAUUGGUCCUCUCCUUUCCUGGUGGAAACCAACCUGCAAAAGCCUCAUAGAGGAGAUGUUUAAAAGGGAACUAGAAAGUCCUUUGCUGCUGGUUUAUGUUAUUGACUUCUGACUUUGUUUGGUAGCUGGUGAGAAUGAGGUGCUUGGAGCUGAAGGACCAGGAGAAGGGGGAUCAACAGACCCCUCUCCCCCCAGAGCAGGGCUGCUAUCCUGGGGGAAGGCUGAGGGAAGACCGGGGCUCCAUGGCUACUCUAACGUAACCUAUGGUUGUCUGACUAUGUGACGUCUCUCCAUCAGGACUCUUGUGUUUGCUAACAUUUGAAUCUUAACAAUGUGGUUUUUUUUUUCUGACAUGAUCUAUUGUGCUUAUGGUUUGGGGUUGAAUGAAUCUCAGAACAGGAGCGUGUUUAAAUUUCUGCUGUGUGUCAGAAGGCUGGUUUGGGCUGAGGGGAAGGUAGCUAGCUCAACUCUCCCACAGAUCCACCUACAGUCAGGCAGCUGCAGAGACCUGGGCACAGCAGGUAAAGAGAGGGAGGUGAAAAAUACAAAUCCUUGGUGGCUGUAAAAGUCUUACUUCCUGCUACUCUAAUCAAUCACUCGAUGUCCAGUUCCCCUGGAGUCAGGCAAUCAAGGUUUUUCUAUAGAGUGGGAGAGAGGGAGGUACAUAGGAAUAUAAUAGGAACAGGUUAUAUAUUAGAUGAUAUUGUGAAUAUACCAAAGAGGCUAUAUGGAACACUGAACUAC